CUUCGAUGUGCUUGUGGGGCCCACAGGCUAGGACUUUUGCCACAAAGAACUGUUGGCGGGCUGAAAAAGGGGGGUUCCCGAAGGGCUGGACCCACACAUGUUGUGGGACCAGCAUGUGACUCAAGUUACUUUUAGGAGGUGACCUAGCCUGUGCUUUUUUUUGGGGGGGUUGCAUUGAUCCACCACCAAAGGAAUCAGAAUGAGGCAUGACCUGCAAAACCGUGCCAGUGAGUGGACACCCGAUGUUUGCCCCAAGUACCUUGGGCAUCCUUUGAGUGAAAUUGAUCGAAGGACACAUGACAUGCUGCAUACUCAUCCUGUGCUUCCCAACCCCCACCUUCGCUUUGGCCGACUUGGAGGCGGUGCCCCAACAGCUGCGGAUGCUCAAGGAUCCCAAGCAUGGUGCCUUUUCCGCAUACCAGAGUUUGGGCGAGGGUGCCGCUCCCGCCUGGAACGAUUCCAUGUACUCCAAGCUUUGCUGCGUCACUGCGGGCAUCGGCAGCGUUGCGGGGAAGGUCAUCGUGGGUGAAGAGACCAACUUUUGUUGCAUUCAGAGUCAGCUCUUCUGUGGCUGUGAUGAAGGUGAUGGUUGUCCAGCAGCCAAUGGAGGAUGCUUCAUGUACAAGCCGGAGGUGGCCUGCUCAGGUGCUGCCAAGAUCUUUUGCUUGAAGCUGGGCUUCGAUCUCCCAAAGGCGCCCUUGAUCGUGUGCUGCAAGAACGAGAUCUACGGUGGCUGAGGGAGAUAGCGAUGCAUCGGAGCCGCUGCUGGAAGAAAUGGAGUCGGUCCGUGUGAACUGCGUCCGAGUCGCGCUGGCGCGCGCCGCAAAGACGGGCGGGGGAGCCGACGACGGAACGCUCCGGAUGAAAAGGAGUUGGUGGGCGUUUCUGGCAAAGCGGACUGAACAUGGGGUAAUAUGAACCCAACAACCUGUCAAAGAACAUCAAGUGCGCCGGCCGGUCAUGUACUAAUUAUGAGGGACUAGUCAGAUAUUGGACUUCAUUGGUCCUGUGGUGACUGUUGGUGAUUUGCAAUGAUUUGCCAUGGCCUCAAAGCCGGCCAAUCACUUUUGUGCCAAUGCCUUGAUCAGCAGA